AUGCGGUUUUUUCCUUGUUCAUUCUCAUGGCUUUUGGUGAUGUCAAAGAUAGCACGAUUAGAGAAGUUGAACGCAUUCAAGCUGAACUUAUUUUCAACUACGAGCAGUUCACUGUGUUCUGCAGCUGGCCCAGUUUUGUGCUCAGAGUUCAUCAAUGCCGGCGCCGACACAAGCCUAACGACGCUGCAGUGGAUCAUGGCAAAUAUAGUGAAGCACCCACAUAUUCAAGCCAAGCUUUUUGCUGAAAUCAAGGCGGUGGUGGGAGAAGGAGCCGAAGAGAUUAAGGAGGAAGAUGUGCAGAAGAUGACAUAUUUGAAAGCAGUGAUUCUCGAGACUCUAAGAAUUCACCCUCCAAGUACCUUCUUGGUACCGCAUGCAGUCUCAGAAGAUGCAGAACUACUUGGCUACAGAGUCCCGAAAGAUACGACAGUGAACUUCGUGAUAUCACUGAUGGGGCGGGAUCCAAAGGAGUGGGAGAAUCCAAUGGAGUUCAGGCCGGAGAGGUUGCUGAAUCGUGGAGAAAAUGGAGAACCAGAUCGAGUGUCUGAUGUUACAGCGUACAAGAUGAUGCCGUUUGGUUCAGGAAGGAGGCUCUGUCCGGGGAAAAGAUUAGCCCUGCUUAAUCUGGAGUAUUUUGUUUCAAAUUUGGUGUGGAAUUUUGAGUGGAAACCAGUGGACAGAGAAGGUGUUGAUCUUUCGGUUAAGGAGGUGUUCUUGAUGGUGGUGAAGAAUCCUCUGCGAGCCCACGUGCAUGUCUCCAAGAAUCAAAUGAAAGCUUAG